AGGGUUGCCAACCUCAGCCUGCCCACUAGGCAAUACCUGGGCCUCGCUAGCGAGGAGUUGCCUAGUAGGCAGGCUGAGGUUGGCAACAAUGAGGCAGCACCGCGGAAGACCGCCUCCGGCCAACAGCUGACUCCACACACACGUCGCCGUCGUCGCUCUGUCUCUCUCGCACUCGCGGGGGCGUCCAGUGUUCCGUGCGGGUGCGAGAGAGGCAGAGCGACGGACGCCGUGAGGAAUGAGACGAUAUCGGGGACGAUACCGCUUGCAUCGCGCAGGCCGACCUUGCCUUGGACCUUGCGACCGCACGUUCAAUAAACAAAGUGUACAGAGUACAGUGUCAACUUGCUAUUCCCCAAGGGCGAGCUUCUGUAGGAUACACUCUAAAAACAAAAAUGUCUGUAAAUGUUGACGCAAGGGGCCUUUCGCUCCGGCUUUCCCGCACGUGCUGCCCUGCAGACUGAUUCCGAGAGUCGCUUUCGUCGCUCUGUCUCUCUCGCACUCGUGGGGCGUCACUCAAUCCGUUACAGGUGCGAGUGAGACAGCGGAGGAAGCGGUUCUCGGAAUAAGUCUGGUACGCAAACACGCGUCACGAGGAACUGAACUGCCCACUCUUUCAAUUGGGCUAAGUGUUUCGCGGCCCUCUUCCUGAGGCUGGCCUUGAAGGGGUCAUCGAUUUGCGAUUCAGACGGGGUGAACCUGAGGCGGCAGACCUGUGGGAAGCCUCGAAGUCACCGGAACGGUGGUUCGAACCUCCGCGCCGUCGAUGAGCGACCAUGAAGCCGAACCAGAAGUCCUCGCAGUGGCCGUGCCCCCAGCACCUCAAACCCAAAGUGUGGCCGGGGUACCACCCGAGGUUCAACCCGUCGCGCUCCCCCACCGUGGCGACCAUCGCCUGGCCGCCCUCGCCGCCAGGGUCCGACGAGGAGCCCGAUGACCACCCCUCCGACGUCCUGGCCUACGACCCCGCGCUGCUCAAGAACAACGCCCUGGCCUCCACCGUGGUCGUCAUGGCCUUCAUGGGGGUCAUGCCGGUCCUCAUCAAGACGAAAAGGUUCUGCCUCCGCUCCACGCUGCCGCUGUGCAUGCUGGCGUACGCGGCGCUCUGGUGCUCCGCGCUGCACAUCCUGGUGCACAAGGUGCCCGUGGCGCUGGCCGGCGACCUGGACAUGGACGUCCGCAUGCUGGCCAUCGAGGUGUCGGUGCACCUCGUGCCGCUGUGCUACGUCCCCGUCGUCUGGCUGCAGUCCAGGAACAUCUCGCGCAUCACCGUCGCCUACUUCAAGUUCCGGAGCGCCAUUAUGAGCCCCGCCGACCGGGCCCAGCUCGGGCGUCGUCGGCUGGUGUACGCGCUCUGCACGAGCGUGUUCGCGGGGACGGCCAUCGCGCUGGUGGUCGGCGCCGCCCUGUUCGUCCCCGAGCUGCACGUCACCGUCGUGGACAUUCCCGUGCUGGCCUACACCAACCUGGUGCAGACGGUGCUCUGGUGGAACAUGGCCAUCCAGCUGCUGCAGUCCAAAGUCAUGGGCCAGAGCGUGCUCGCCAACCUGCAGAAGCUGGCCGGCAGCGGGGCGGUGACGGCCGCCGCCGUGAGGGCGAACCGCGGCCACUGGGUGAGGGUGCGCGACAUGCUGGGCUACGACGACGUCAAGGCCAACGCCGUCUACGUCCUCAACAUGGUGUACCUGCUGGCCCAGUGCACCAUGGUGUCCUUCGAGACCAUGUCCUUCUACUCGGCGGGCAACCGGUGGGCCUACACCAUGCACGGCGUGUUCGCGGUCAUCUACCUGCUGGAGAUCUGCACCCUGUGCGACUUCGCGCACCGCGCCGUCGAGCUGAUGACGGACCCGUUCGUGGCCACCCUGGACACACUGUCUCUCAACGACUUGGACAGGGAGACGCACACCGAGGUGUGCUUCUUCUACAACACCAUCAUCGCCAAACGGCCGUACUGCUCCAUUCGCGGCUUCGCUUGCUUGGACCGACCGUUCCUGGCGUCGAUCAUCACCACCAUCGUCUCCUACCUCAUUUUCCUGGCGCAGUUUCGGGCGGAGGACGAGGAGGACGAACUGGUACCGACGACAACCACGCCCCUGUGACGUCUGCCUUCGUUUAUUUACAGUGUCAACGAUAAAAUUAAAAUUAUUGUCUUAAUCUA